AAAAGUAUUGUCACGCGUUAACUUCAGACUGUACAUCGUGUCAACUAGCGCCCUCUUAAAUCAAUAUAUAUAUAUAUAAAUAUAUUUAACUGUGUCAAAAACACAACCAUUAUACUUUCUUUGUUAUAUACCACGUUGAGAUCCAGUGUUAAUAAUUUCUAUAUUAUAAAGAAAUACAAUGGGUUUGCCGCAAGUAUAUUUUGAUAUCACUGCAGAUGAUAAGCCUAUUGGACGUAUAAUAAUGGAAUUAAGAUCAGAUGUGGUACCAAAAACAUCAGAGAAUUUUCGUGCUCUUUGUACAGGAGAAAAAGGAUUUGGUUACAAAGGUAGUACCUUUCAUCGUGUAAUUCCAAAAUUUAUGUGCCAAGGAGGUGAUUUUACAAAUCAUGAUGGCACUGGAGGUAAAUCCAUUUAUGGAGAGAAAUUCGAAGAUGAGAACUUCAAACUUAAACACACCGGACCUGGUAAUCUUUCCAUGGCUAAUUCUGGAGAAAAUACCAAUGGAUCUCAAUUCUUCAUAACAACUACUAAAACUUCUUGGUUGGAUAAAAAACAUGUAGUAUUUGGUUCUGUUAUCAAAGGUAUGGAUGUAGUCAAAAAGAUAGAUAGUAUUGGUACUCAAAACGGCAAGACACUUCAAAAAAUAGUGAUUGCAGAUUGUGGACAGCUAUAAAAACCUUUCUAUUACAUAUUAAGUCUAUCGGAAAGUUCUAUCCAUUUUUUAAAUAAAACAAAAUAAUACAUUUUUCAUAAUAAACUUUAAUUGAAUGAUAAUAA